AUGGCAUUAUCACCACUUCGAAAUUUAUUUCCUACAAUAAUCUUUGGGGAGAAAACACUGCAACCUCCGGAGGCCAGUGCACAUAUCUGGACGCCGAUUCUGUGGACUCAAUUUCCUGGCAAACAUCGUGGACAUGGGAAGGCGGCAAUACUAGUGAAAAGCUAUGCUAAUGCCGCUCUCGAUAUCGAAGCUACAGCUCUAAAUUCCAUUAUGAGCCCCCUUCAGAUUGGACUCGAGGUAAGCGCUACACCGGCGAUGUCUCCUACGAUGCCUUCCUUCUUUUCAUCCGAGGCGAGCACAACUGGAUCUCAUGACUACGAAAUCAUGAUCUGGCUUGCUUCCUACGGCGGUGCAACACCUAUCGGCUACACCGCCGGCUCUGUCACUACCAUGAACGAAUCUUCAACGACUUUUUCAAAUAUCUCACUUCCGAGCAAGGCGUUCCCUUGA